AUGAGUAGACUUUACCAUCCUCACCCACAGAACUCAGGAUCUUCAUCUGAACCACCUGAUGCCCAUGCACGUGAGUCAUUAAUAUAUCCAGUUUACAGGAAAAUUCGUGACAUCCAUCAGCAUGUCUUUGUUCUUCAAGAGAGAACCCUCAUUGCAGUUCCUGAGGAUGGAAAUGUGACUCCAAUCAUACUGGAGACUGUGACAGUUACAGAUGAUUCUCUUGAGAAUAGCAAAGGUGAUGCUCUUUACCUGGGAAUAACAGAACAAAAACAGCACCUGUGCCUGUGUUGUGUAGCCAAUGAAGGUCCGCCCACCCUGAAGCUAGAGGAGAAGUACGUAAUGGAUUUACCUCGUACUGAUAAGGCAGUGAAGAGUUUUGUUUUUUACAGAAAUGAAGCUGGCAACAUUUCCACUUUUGAGUCAGCUGCUUUUCCUGGCUGGUUCAUCUCUUCAGAGGAGCAGGGGAAACCCAUGAAGAUUACCAAUGAUGUGGGAAAAAAUAAUAUAUCUUUCUCUAUAUAUUUCUAG